AUGUGCGAGGCGCUGGAGGUGCAGAGCCAAGGAGCAGGCGGUGACGCGGGCAGUGCGCUGCAGCCCACCGCGGUGGUGUGGCAGCCGCUCGCGGCGCGCCCGUUCCAGCAGCUGCAGCCCCAUGCCCCAGGGGUCUGGUCAGUUCGCGACGAGGUGGCCGAAAGCCGCACGCUGGCAUUCGGGCAGGGCCUGGAAACUGGAUGGCGGCUGGAGGCUUCUGCUCGCGAAGGCAGUGACGGGGUCCAGUCGAGCGCGGAGGGCGUGGUCUUUGCGGACCCUCCCGCCUCCCCUCCUGGGUCUGGCUCGGACAGGCGCUUCAGCCACCGCGUGCAGGACGACGAUUGCGACCUCGUGGACGUUGAGGUCGUCGGGGUCGCCCGCGACGCGGAGGGCGUUUGCUUCGGCGAGGCGGGCGGCUCGCCAGUCGAGGCCUCGUCGGAGCUGCGCGCGCGGGAGGAGUUCGAGCAGGAAGUGGACAGGAGCUUCAGCCGCCGCGUGCGGGACGACCUCACGGACGUCGAGGUCGUCGAGGGCGUUGGCUUGUUCCUGGGGGCCCCGCCCGCGCCUCUCUGCAUGACAUUGGAAUCACGGGUGGGUCCGCUCGCCCUCUAA